UGGAUAGGGCACAUGAUUGCUGCACGGCGGUGGCACAUCGUCCCCCGUUCCAUACAGGUCAAGUUCGUGGUAUAAGUUAUAAGCGAUGUUAUAAAAGAGUGUGGCUGUGGACACUGAAAGUCUGGACCUCGAACAAAAGAGCCCCUGCCCCAAUACAGCCAGCAACUCUCCAUCUUUUGUUUUUCAGAUCUUCAGCGACUUUCGACGACCACCAUUUCAGCAUGAUCUCUCUUGCGGGCCUUGUCACAGCUCUCACGGCCGCCGCCGCCAUUGUCAUCGCGGCCCCGACGACGAAUAAUCCUACGGAUGGCAUUCUGGAGGCCCGACAGAGCUCUCCUCCCCCUCCCGUUGGAGUACACGACGGGUACUUCUACGAAUUCUGGUCGGAUCUUGGAGGCAACCCUGUUUCGGCCAACUAUUCCCUGAGCCCAGGCGGUGGUUUCGGCGUGGAAUGGGACACCUUUCCAGGCCUUACCUUUACGUUUGGGAAAGGUUGGUCGGGGGCUAAUCACAACUAUCACAAGUCGAUCGAGUACGAGGCCAACUUGACUCUUGAGGAAGGGGGCGCCCUUUUUGGCGUCCAUGGCUUCGCGCUGAACCCCCUUGUCGAAUACUGGAUCGCAGACAACUACAGCCCCGUGUUCGAAAACUGGGUUGCCAUGCUACCACGGCAGGACAAGGGCGAAGUCACGACCUCCAGUGGCGUCUACCGACUUUACCUAGAGGUCCGGACUGGUUUUGGCUACCCCCAGGGCGUGUUCCGCCUUUACUGGGCCGUUCGCCAGACGAAGCGCUCGAGUGGGAUCAUCAAUACUGGGGAGAUAUUCAGCGCGUGGGCGUCUCAGGACAUGGGACUCAACCGUCACGAACAGAUGCUCCUUUCCGUGGAGGGCUGGAUCGAGAGCCGGGGCAGCGCCCAGGUUGAGAUGCUGGGACCUCCGGGUGGCAACUAAGUGAAGACUUGACGUGUACGGCGUGGACGUUCCGUAACUUUUGUCAGUUGUCAGUUGUCAGUUGUCAGUUGGACAUUGUGAGUUGUGAGUUGUAGUUGCAUGUGAGGUCUUAACUUGUUUGAGUCUUGGAUUUGAGGAACUGAGGCCGUGAAGACUUGAGCUCGGAGAACCGAGGCUCAGUCUUUUACUUAUUGGUCCUUCUUUCUUGUAGGAGAGAGAGAGCUCAGAGUUGAGAGCAUAGAUGCCGAGUACAUGACAUCCAUCCCUAUUCAAGGCUUCACCUAUAAAUAUAUACAUGUACCAUCAUGCGCGGUAUUCGAUUGUCAGAGAUGGAC